CUCCAGUCUAAUUUACUAAAAGGGUUGAAUUAGGUGAGGUACUGCAAUGGUGCAGAAAGUGCCACAGCUCAGCCAUCCUCCUGCUGCAGAAAAUGGCAAGUGGAACCUUGUAAACGUCAACGGCUUAGUGAUGGGUCACUCCGAUUGCCUGCACCAGGCUUGCAGAAUUGCGGUUAACCUUUGAGCUGUGCAUAUCAAAAGGAGGCAGGUCUGAGCCACGCUGUCAGCAGCGUGUACCUAUCAACUCGAGAUGUUGAGGUGACAUUCACCAGAAAGAAACUGAAUAUAGAAGCUGUGUGGUCAAGGUCCUUUCCUCCUACACGCUGUGCCUUUACCAUAUGGCUAGAGUUUGUUUUUCCUGUUUGUUUCCUGCAUCGUGGCACUUCAGUCUGUCCCCCAUAAACACCACAGCCCGGCAGAAAGUGGUGUUUGUAGGCAUCCUCUUCACAUUCUGUCUACUGUUCCUUCUUAUUUUUAUGGAAUACCAGCAUUGGAGGCCACCAUUUAGGGACAAGGAGCUGGAAAAGUAUUUGGCCAGAAUUGAAGACAUGGAAGCAACAGAUACCAAUGAUGAGGAGUUAAACUAUGGCGUGGUGAUAGACUGUGGAAGUAGUGGAUCCAGAGUGUUUGUGUACUUUUGGCCACGGCACAAUGGGAACCCUCACGACCUGCUCGAUAUCAGGCAGAUGAAGGACAAAAACAGGAAGCCAGUGGUUAAGAAAAUCAAACCAGGCAUCUCGACACUGGCCUCCUCUCCAGAGAAAGCCACGGAUUAUCUCCGUCCUCUGCUGAGGUUUGCCGCUGGACAUGUUCCUGUUGCAAAGCACAAAGAGACACCGUUGUACAUCCUGUGCACUGCUGGAAUGAGACUGCUACCAGAAAGCCAACAGGGUGCCAUUCUUGAGGACCUUUACACUGAUGUGCCAGUCGAAUUUGACUUCCUGUUUUCUGAAUCCCACGCAGAGGUGAUUUCCGGUAAACAAGAAGGAGUCUAUGCCUGGAUUGGAAUCAACUUUGUUCUUGGACGAUUUGACCAUAUUGAAGAUGAUGCUGAUACGCGUGUUGCCGUAACUGUGUCCAGCAAUCCCAACCAAGGCCCUGUGAUUCGCAAGCGGACGGUUGGCAUACUGGACAUGGGUGGAGCUUCUGUUCAAAUUGCUUAUGAGGUGAUAACCCCUGUAACUUUUCUCUCUCCAGAGCAGGAAGAAGCUGCUAAAGGUUUAUUGGCUGAAUUCAACCUUGGCUGUGACUUGCAUCACACUGAGCAUGUAUACAGGGUCUAUGUAACUACCUUCCUGGGAUUCGGUGGGAAUUAUGCAAGGCAACGCUAUGAAGAUCUAAUUUUUAAUAAUACCACUACUACAAAUAGAUUACUUGGCCAGCAUAUGGGUGUGAAUGAGGAGAGUCCCUACCUCGAUCCCUGCUUGUCUGUUGAAACAACCGACACCAUUCAGAAGGAUGAACAGACGUUGCUCUUGAAAGGAACAGGGAACUUUGACGAGUGUUGCAAGCAAAUAAAACCAUUCCUAAACAAAGGGAAUGGGGCCAACACAUCGCUCAAUGGGGUUUAUCAGUCACCCAUUGACUUCUAUAAUAGUGAAUUCUACGGAUUCUCUGAGUUUUAUUACUGUACUGAAGACGUGUUGCGCAUGGGAGGUCAAUAUGUUGGUGUUAAGUACACAAAAGCAGCCCAGGAUUAUUGUGCUACCAAAUGGACAACGUUAAAAGAACGGUUUGAUCUCAAUCUGUUUUCAUCCCACGCUGACCUUCACAGAUUGAAAUAUCAGUGUUUUAAGUCUGCAUGGAUGCAUGAGGUAUUGCACAGUGGUUUUAACUUUCCAGCCGACUAUUCCAACCUAAAGACAGCCCAGCUGGUCUACGACAAGGAAGUACAAUGGACACUGGGAGCAAUUCUUUAUAAAACCCGUUUUCUACCUCUUAGGGAUCUCCAGCGAGAAUCUGGCAAAGCAAAUCAUUCCAGCUGGCUGCGCAUCUCCUUCGUCUACAACCACUACCUGUUCUUUGCCUGUUUCUUUGUGGUCUUGCUGGCCAUUGCCUUGUACAUCCUGCGACUGCAGCGGAUUCACAGGAGGGCACAGUGGGAGCUACUGUGGUUGGAGGAGGGCGAAUUGUCGACUGAGGCACCCUGACUUGUAACACAACGAGAGGCGGAGAGAUGGUGCUCUGAUUCACAGAUCCAUUGACAAAAUGUCUGCCAUCCUCUUCGGUACUUUCCAGAUCAAAUCCCACGUGGACCGUAGGUAUUUUUUGGUAGGUGGACACAAGCCUUUUGGAUACCUCAGUUAUUUAUAUUUCAUCUGGAGUCUGCUCCUCCCAUUGGAUAACUUACCUGUUUUGGUCCUAUUCUAACCCGAUGUCUCCUUUUUGAAGUCAGAGCUGGUAGCAAAUGCAAUAAUAUAUAUUUAUUUUCAUGCACUGUGUGAUUUGGGGUGUUAAGUUAUACAUUUGAGGGUCUGAUGAUUUGUAUUAAUCAAUGGGGCUUUAUUCCUGGUCUUGCCUGUAAUAUCCUGCAAUAAUGCCACAGGGGAGGUGAAAGGCCAUCUUCAUUAAAAUACUGAUCUUUUGGUAUUCCCUUCCACUAUAACCUAAAGACCUGUCCCCCACCCCACCCCACCUUCAAUACUGCACUGAAGUGUCAGCUGAGAUCAUGUGUUCAUGUCUCUGGAGUGGGGUUUAAACUCCUAACCUUCUGACUUGGUGAUUAGUGCUACUGACUGGGUCAAGGUCACACUGCCAGAAUUAUCUCACAUCUGUUCUAAGAGUGAACACACUGCAGCUACAAUGAGGAAGCCAUUUGACAUGGAUAAAGCUGGGGAAAUGGACUGAAGUUUUCCAUUGUUUGGGAUUGGUAAUCAAUAAAGCUACUGAUUUGUAAUUUUCACAAAGAGGACUAAAGGACUAAAGAAUUGUGGAAGAUGAUUCCCAAAGUACCGGUGAAAACCUCUGCAUCAAUCAGAAUCUGGGCUACAGUCCCACAAUGCACUGCUCUUGUUGACCAUGAUAGAUCUUUUGAUAAAAACGCCUCACAUUUAAAUCUGGAACCUCAGAAACUAGGACCAAUUAUUAACAGUGCCCGGGCUGAAUGCAGAGCUAAGACUGUGAUAACUUGCUCUUGUUCAUGGGCACUUACAUUUGCUCCAUUUCUGCAAUAAAGUUGAGAACGCCUGGGUUUGGGAGCGGAGCGUAAUUCAAACGCCCAGGAUUCAGCUGCCAGCUCCCGUCACUGCCAAGAUAACAGAUGAGAUAUUGAGGAACUCAUUGGGAGGAGGUGGCUGAUGAUGGGGGUGGGAUUUGGGCUCGUGACCUCACUGCUUUGGUACAACUCCCAAGUGUCACAAACAUUUGCAGAAUGAAUUAUUACCAGCUGUUUGAAAUUUGAAAAAUGUAGCACCGGGCAUUCCUUUUAAACUAUUGCCAUAUCAUUCUUGGAAAUCAUUCUGGCACACAUAAGCACAGUCUUGCAGAGGGGUUAUCACAGCCUGACAGAAUGGUUGUUCAUUGUUUAUCGUUAAAUGAUUUCCCUACUUCAGGCUCAAGAUGUCACAUCACAGAAGCUCUUGUUACUUUGAAACUUCCUGUGAUGGAAUGAGAAGAGCUUUGCAGAUCCAGGACUCCAUUGUUUUGAUUUGAACCCUGGUGCGUGUGUGAUCUGAGAUAACACUACGCACUUAAGAUUGCUGUUGCCGCUAAAUUGUGGGUAAUUUUUCUUCAAAGAAUUGGACUUUUUUUUCUUGAGAAGUUACCCCGAACCCAGUGACGAUUGAAAGUUGGUGUUUUUUUUUUUUUUAAAUUUUUUUUAAAUUUGUGAACAUGCAUGGUACAGAACAUUCUCUGAGUCUGAAUGAAUGAAAAAGACUUGCAUUUCUAAUGCGGCUUUUGUGACCUUGGGAUAUCCCAUUGUGCUUUACAGCCAUUGACAUACCUUUUGAAGCGCUGCAAUGUAGGCAACACAGUUGUCUAUUUGUGCUCAGCAAGGACCAACAAACAGCAAUGUGAUAUUGACCAGAUAAUCUGUUUUUGAUCAUGUUGAUUGAGGGACAAAUAUUGACCAGCACAGUGGGGAUUGCUCCCCUGCCCUUCUUCAGUAUAGGACCAUUAUAUCCGCCUGAGAGACAUGGCAUCGAAUCAACAUCACACCUGAAAGUCAGCGCCUCUGACAGUGUAGCGAAUUUAGUGUAUUAGAUUUUUGUAUUUAAGCCUUUAGUGUGGGGACUCAUGUUCCUGGAUGCAGCCCAAGAAGAUGGGAUGAGGAUCUAUGUUCUGUAAGACUCCUGUGUGAAGUGAGUUUGGGGCAGUUGCAAUCCUGCUGUUACUAGUUAUUUCCACAGCACGAAACUUCACAGUUCAGCUACAGGGUGAAACAUAUUACUAGCAUAUUUCAAGUGGUCAAGACCAUCUCAAACCACUGCACCGAAGUAUGAAGUACUAUUGAAGUGUAGUCACUGUUAGAGUGUAGGCUAUAAGAUGUACUGGUGCAAUAAAGGGGUGAUGUUUUAAUGUUAGGAUUGAAGCACAUUCUUUGUUCUCCAUCUAAUCCUGCUCCACAUGGCAUAGGUCUGUUUGAUGUGCACUGUUGUUGGAAAAAUGUUCCAUCCCAAAGUACAGCCAUCCUUAGCUGUGUGAACACCAAUUUAUCCCACCUCCCCCUUCUCUCUAGAAGAGUAAAUGUGACUUGGACCUCACUAUCUUCCUUCCACAGACUGGGUUGCCAAUGUAUCAUUUCCCCAUUUCUAACUGCAAUCUAACAUUCAGAUUAACAACGCCACUCCUUGCAGAGACUCUGUAUGUACAUACCGUCACGGUUCUUCCAUUUCUAUCUGUUGAUCCCCCUACAUGGGACACUGCACGGAAGAAUUCCAAGCAGACAGUUGCACUCCGGGAACACCACAGCGGAAUAUCUCACAUUUUACAUCUUCCCUUACAGGGAAUCAUCAAGAGGCCAUCAGAUUUUAAGUCAGGGGUCUACCUGCUGACAUUGGAUGUCAGCCUGUGCUCAGUUGGUUGCACUAUUGCCAAAGAGUCAGAAGGUUGAGGAAUACAAAUCCCAGUCCAGUGACUUGAGCACAUAAUCCAGGCUGACACUGCAGUGCAGUACUUAGGGAAUGCUACACUGUCAAAAUUGCCAUCUUUUGGAAAGUAUGUUAAACUGAGGUCCAGUCUAGACUCUCAGGUGGACCUAAGAGAUCCCAGUGGCACUUUUUGAAGAAGAGUGGGUGAGUUCUCCCUGAAGUCCUGGCCAACAUUUAUCCCUCAAGCACCAUCACUUUAAAAAAAGAUGAGGCAGGAAUGGGACGAUAAGGCACAAAAACAUACCAUUGUGACUUUUUCCCGCCCGUGACAACGCUUUGAGCAAAUCUGGGACAAUUCCACCCGACAUUUUGAAAGUACUUCAAAGGCUGUAAAGCGUUGUGACACAUCCUGUGCAAACUAGAGGGAUAAAUUGUACAGUAGUGUUUGUUUUUGGAAACCAGUUGGAAUCUCAAAACCACAGACCUGCUGGUCUUCAACUGCAGGCAAUUUGGAGACUUCCUUUAUGGUUCUGUUGAUAAAUGGAGUGCCAGGAGCAGUACUAAGUCAUACAGGCCAUGAAAGUUCAAUCUACAGUGUCAGAUGUGGCAGCAUUUGAGAGCAAUACAAUUAGACUUGAAGCAAAGCCGAGUACAGGCUGGGGAAUGGAAAUGGACCCGGUUCCUGCUUGCUGAGCAGUAAACAGCGUGGAGGACAUGAUUCUGCUCAGCUGUAGUGUUCUGCACCUGUUAAUGGCCGCUGCCCACAUGAAUGUCCAUUUGUGUGAGGAUAUUCAGCAAUGUUGGAUCCAUGCCCCAACAGAGUCACAGCUUGCAGGACAGAAAAGAAAAUGGGGAAUGAGGGGGAGGGUUUAAAAAAGUAAUAUUGAACUCAAUCUGUUAGUCCCACUCUGAACCACAUCUCAUUAAUAGAUUGGAUGGUCUAGGCUUCUCCAUGGACAUGACCACUGCUCAUGUUGGCUCUUUAAUUCACCAACAGUAGGCAAUCUUGAAGUGUGAUUCCAAAGUCUAAUGUUCCUUUUGUGUAGCGUAUAUCCCUCUCCUACCAUUAAAUGUGUUGCAUAACACCUCGAAUGAGCUAACAGUUCCAGCCUUUGAGUAUUGUUGAUGGUCAAGUUUGGAGUUGAAACUCAAGAGCUUCUCAGUGGGAGUUAGCACAAGACCGACUGAAUGGCCCAUGGUGAACUAUGUUGUAAAUGCUGCCAGGCUACCACUUUGCUUCUCCUUUUAACCCAGUUCAUCGUUGGGUAUUUUCUACCUCCACAGAAGCUAGAACUAUCUCUCCUGCUGAGAGCAAACCUCCACCUAAUAGCCCUUGAAUAUAUGUGCAAAUUGCAAAUUCUGAUGUUUCUCAGUGCAUUCAAUGUAUAUAUCAGGAUACAGGUGAGUCCAGUCACAUGACUGAGAUUCUAACUCAGCCUCUCACACCUACAUGUAUCCCAGCAUUAUGCAACGCUGCCUUCGAUCUUGUAAGUGAGACUCAAUGUGAGGUCAAACAGAUGUGCUUUAAUUAUGCAAGAAUUAUAUGUGCAUACUCCAAACCGAGAGCAAUGAAAAUAUUUAAAAUUUGAAUUGUUUUUAAUAUUACAUCUAAGCAGUGUCAAGUAACAUAUUUAUCAAGCAAACAAUGCAUUUUCUUGACUUUUUUUUAUUCGUUCAUGGGAUGUGAGUGUCACUGGCAAGGCCAGCAUUUAUUGCUCACCCAUAAUUGACAACUUCAAUUCUUGCACUGGGAUUCCUGCCCCCAAGUCUCUCAUCAUUCCUCAGUGUCAGCCUGAUAAUUUCUGUCCUCCUAGUUGAUAGAACCAAGACUUAAGGACCUGCCCCCAGCAGCAGUUAAGAUACCAAAGGCUACAGUCUUAUAACACUUCAUAACAGCCUCGUCGUGGCAGUCCAAUAGGGAACAAAAUUCACAGAAUACCUAAAAUAUUUCCGGUUGACCUUCGGUUCAAAGUGCACCUCAUUUCAUUUGUAAACAUGCUGCACGUUAAUCGAUACCCAAUGCCAAGGCAGUACAAAGUAUUUCCAGUCAAAGCUGUGCACGCUGUGUUUUUUGUAUCAUUUGGAUAACUGCAAUUUAAGCUAUGUGUUUAACAUUCAUUGCCCAAAGUUUCCGAAUGAUUGUCCUACCUCUGUUGAGUCUUCAGUCUGGUUAAUUCCCAUCUGUUAAACCACAGUCUGAUAGUGUUUGUAUUCAGUUCAUUGAUAUUCAAAUCAUUCCUUUUCAUUUCAUAUUGAUUGUUUGGUCGGGCCUGAUUUACUGCAGAGUCUAUUUAAUGAUGUACAUUUGUAUAGAAUUUUGAAGAAGAAAAAUGACAAAAUAAAAGUUCCAGAUUAACAUUU